CCGUUCAGCUACUGUGAGCAGCCAAAGUGAAAAUGAAGUGGGCAGUUUUAAUUUUAUGCGCUCAAUUGUUGCAAUACAUUGCGUGCGAACAAUCGUACACGGUGCAGAAUGAGAAGCUAGAGUCCUUCGAGGGCGACUCGGAGACGCUGGUGCUGUUCGACUCGCUGCAGACCAUUGGACGCGAGCGUGCGCUCAAUGGCUCGUUCUCCUUUCUGGGCGACAUGGACAACGAUGACUUCAAGGUCUCGGUGGAGCUGUACUCCAGUCCCCAGGGCGACGGUGACUUCAAGCGCAUGGUCUUCGAUGUGCCGCAGACCAGCAUCUGUGAGUGCUUCAAGAAGUUCUAUGUGCAAUUUGUGCAGCCUUCGGUGAGCAACGGCGACAUAUCAAACUUUCCAAUGGUGGAUGAGGACACAUGCCCCAUACCCAAGGGCGAAUAUUAUAUCAAAACGCUGCAGUUUAAUACACAAGAUUGGCCCGAGCAAGUGCCACGUGGCCUGGUCAAGGCCAUUAUAACCUUCUUUACCGGUGGCAAAAAUGUGGGCGGUCUCAUUGUAGUUGUGAAGAUUGAAGAUCGCAACUGAAGCAGCAGUUUGUAUUAAAAAAUUAGUUACUAAGUAGCAAUAAAAAGGUCUUUGAAAGCGAUUAAAUGUUUAA